CAAUCAGAAUUAUUACCGGUAUCAUGUAGAUACGGUUUGAACGUGUUUAUUUAUGUGAAAAAAAUAUAUUUUUGUUAUCUAAAAGAUUAAUUAAACUGUGUCACAAUGAGGUUGCCACUGUUAUUGUGUUUGUUAUAUUAUUUUUUAUGUGACGUAGAUGGUCUAAAAAUAUUGGUUUGUUUUCCUUUGCCUGUGAAGAGUUUAAGCAUUUUGGGAGAAGGUGUGGUUAGAAAUUUAUUGGUAGCUGGACAUGAGGUGACGUACAUAACAGUGUAUCCUCUAAAAAAUCCACCAAAGAAGAAUUUCCGUCAAAUUGAUAUCAGCAGCAACACUGCUUUUGUUGCAGGUGAUCACAUGCCGUCAAUAGAAUUCAUCCUAAACAACAAAGUUGAGAAGACUCCAUCUCGUGAUAUUCAAUUGUUCGGUCAAGAAGCUGCCAGAAUGACCCUCAACCACGAAAAUGUGACGAAACUUCUCGAAGAUCCGAAUGAACACUUCGAUGUUAUUCUGAGUGACCUAUUAGAAACUGAAUUGUAUAGUGGCUUUGCAGUUGUAUACGAAUGUCCUAUGAUAUGGGUAUACUCUAUGGGGGCACAUUGGCAAGUACUAAGGAUGAUAGAUGUUGCUCCGAGCCCUGCUUACGACACAGACUACUUAUCUUCAAACACAAUUCCAUUAUCGUUUGCAGAAAGGGUUGAUGAACUAUGGACACGGAUUCAAUGGCAAUUUUAUAAAACUUUUUUCACUCAACCUGAGGAACGUAGAAUUUACGAAGCAGUUUUUGGUGCAGCGCUAGCCAAACGUGGAAGAGCGCUUCCAGAUUAUGAAGAAGUCAUUUACAAUGCUUCACUGAUAUUUGCUAAUGAACAUGACGCUGUACGCAAUCGACCAAGUACUCCACAGAACUUUAAGUACAUCGGUGGAAUUCAUGUUGAGGAACCCGUAAAACCACUGCCAAAGGAUCUCCAAGACCUUAUAGACAAUUCGAAGCAUGGCGUCAUAUAUUUCAGUAUGGGAUCAUUUUUACAAAGCAAGACUUUGCCAAGGAAAUUGAUCACGGAAUUACUCCAGAUGUUUGGCGAAUUUAAACAAACAGUUAUUUGGAAAUUUGAAGAUAAUAGCUUGGUAGAUGUCCCGAAGAACGUUCAAAUUGUAAAUUGGGCUCCACAGCAAAGUAUUUUAGCUCAUCCAAAUGUUAAAAUGUUCCUCACACACGGCGGCCUGUUUUCAUCAAUAGAAGCUAUUCACUUCGGAGUACCGACCAUAGGAAUACCAGCACUCUUCGAUCAGAUCACGAAUGUCAAUAAAGCGGUACUAAAUGGGUAUGCUCUGAAAGUGGAAUUGUCCCACGAUUUGGCUAAAGACCUGAAAGCUGCCAUUGGUACUAUGUUAAGUGAUGAUCGUUACACCAAGAAAGUCAAAGAGCUGUCUGCCCUCUACCACGAUCGUUUGACGAAGCCAGGUCCGGCUCUCGUGUACUGGGUGGAACACGUAGUGCGCACACGGGGUGCCCCUCACCUGCGCUCUCCAGCACUCCACGUACCUUUAUACCAACGACUUUAUCUCGAUCUCUUAGCAAUAAUCCUGACUACUACAUUUGCUUUCGUUCUCUUACUGAGAAGACUGUGCAAGAAGAGUAAUGCAACAAAAUAUGAUCAGAAGAAAACUAAUUGAUUGAAGUUGAUUGGAGGAGAAUCUAUAUGAAAAGUGACAUCAUUAAAAACUAAAA